GCUGUUUGUUGUGUAUGUCGGCGCUGCAUCCGUUUGUGCCGGCCCCAACCCUUCCUGCUGCCCCCAUGGCUCAAUCCUGCUGCGCACUUGCCUCCUCUCUAGCCCGCCCUCUUACCAGCAGUACUGCAUGCGCGCGUGCUGUCCCCGCUGCGAGCCUGCCCUCUCCUUGCUUAGCACGUCCUUCCCUGCCGCCACCCCCGCCGCGGAUUGCUCUCCUUCUCCUUCCCCCGCGCCUUUCCCUUACUCCCUUUGACGCAUGCAGGCCUCCCCUCGUGCUGUAGGAAGCAUCGGAGGGCGGGGACAAGGAGCACUUGGCCACUAGCCCGCUAGCAGCCCCCGCAUGGAGGUAAGACAACAUGUGCAGACAGGUCUUCGUUGCGUAGUUCGGCGCUGCAUCCGUUCCUGCCAGCCCCAACCCUUCCUGCUUCCCCCAUGGCCCAAUCCCACUGCACACUUGCAUCCUCCCUAGCCCGCCCUCUUACCCGCAGCAUUGCAUGCGCAUGUGCUGUCCCCGCUGCAAGUCUACCCUCUUUUAAUUUAGCGCGUCCUUCCCUGCCGCCACCCCCGCCACGGAUUGCUCUCCUUCUCCUUCCCCCGCGCCUUUCCCUUACUCCCUUUGACGCAUGCAGGCCUCCCCUCGUGUUGUAGGAAGCGGAGGGCGGGGACAAGGAGCGUUUGGCCACUAGCCCGCUAGCAGCCCCCGCAUGGAGAUUGCUGUCCUUCUCGUUCCCCCGCGCUUUUUCCUUCCUCCCUUUGACGCAUGCAGGCCUCCCCUCGUGCUAUAGGAAGCAUCGGAGGGCGGAGACAAGGAGCAUUUGGCCGCUAGCCCGCUAGCAGCCCCCGCAUGAAGGUAAGACACAUAUGCGAACAGCUGUUUGUUGUAUAGGUCGGCGCUGCAUCCCUUCCUGCCAGCCCCAACCCUUCCUGCUUCACCCAUGGCCCAAUCCUGCUGCACACUUGCCUCCUCCCUAGCCCUCCCUCUUACCCACAACAUUGCAUGCGCACGUGCUGUCCCCGCUGCAAGUCUACCCUCUCCUUGCUUAGCGCGUCCUUCCCUGCCGCCACCCCCGCCGCGGAUUGCUCUCCUUCUCGUUCCCCCGCGCUUUUCCCUUCCUCCCUUUGACGCAUGCAGGCCUCCCCUCGUGCUGUAGGAAGCAUCGGAGGGCGGGGACAAGGAGCAUUUGGCCGCUAGCCCGCUAGCAGCCCCCGCAUGAAGGUAAGACACAUAUGCAGACAGCUGUUUGUUGUAUGGGUCGGCACUGCAUCCGUUCCUGCCAGCCCCAACACUACCUUCCUGCACACUUGCCUCCUCCCUAGCCCGCCCUCAUCAAGAUAUGCAGACAGUUGCACAACAGCCUACAGUCCUUUCAGCCUCUCCUCGAUGCAUGUUGUUCCCUAAGCACUCUUUCAUGCCACCCCUAUCUUGGUAACAUCGCACCAGAAAAGAUUACAUACCGCAGACAGACAACCGUGUAGUGUUUACCUACGCAUUGUUCUUACGCAUUGUUGGCCCUACGGAUCGUCGCUCUACGCAUCGUUGCCCAACGCAUCGUCGCCCUACGCCUUCUCGCCAUAUGCAUAGUUGCCCUACGCAUUGUUAUAUGGCGUGUACGCAUUGUCCUAUGGCGUGUACGCAUUGUCCUAUGGCGUUUACAACCUAACGUUCACGCGGUGUCGUUUACACACUGUCGUUUACGCAUUGUCUUAUACGCAUUGUCUUAUGACAUUUACGCAUUGUCCUACGACGUGUACGUAUAGUCCUAUGGCAUGUACGUAUUGUACUAUGGCGUUUUUUUUGGCGUCACACCAUGCCGUACUGUACGUCAUAUGGCAUUUACACAAUGUCGUUUACGCGUUGUCAUUUACGUUUUAUCAGCAUCGCUCAGUGAAAGGCGUCCACCCCCUAUAGCUGUGUACGCAUUGUUAUAUUGCGUGUACGCAUUGUCCUAUGGCGUGUACGCAUUGUCCUAUGGCGUGUACGCAUUGUCCUAUGGCGUGUACGCAUUGUCCUAUGGCGUUUACAACCUAACGUCCAUGCGGUGUCGUUUACACACUGUCGUUUACGCAUUGUCUUAUACGCAUUGUCUUAUGACAUUUACGCAUUGUCCUAUGGCGUGUACGCAUUGUCCUAUGGCGUGUACGCAUUGUCCUAUGGCGUGUACGCAUUGUCCUAUGGCGUGUACGCAUUGUCCUAUGGCGUGUACGCAUUGUCCUAUGGCGUGUACGCAUUGUCCUAUGGCGUUUACAACCUAACGUUCACGCGGUGUUGUUUACACACUGUCGUUUACGCAUUGUCUUAUACGCAUUGUCUUAUGACAUUUACGCAUUGUCCUACGACGUGUACGUAUUGUCCUAUGGCAUGUACGUAUUGUACUAUGGCGUUUUUUUUGGCGUCACACCAUGCCGUACUGUACGUCAUAUGGCAUUUACACAAUGUCGUUUACGCGUUGUCAUUUACGUUUUAUCAGCAUCGCUCAGUGAAAGGCGUCCACCCCCUAUAGCUGUGUACGCAUUGUCCUAUGGCGUGUACGCAUUGUCCUAUGGCGUGUACGCAUUGUCCUAUGGCGUGUACGCAUUGUCCUAUGGCGUGUACGCAUUGUCCUAUGGCGUGUACGCAUUGUCCUAUGGCGUUUACACACUGACGUCCACUCGGUGUAUAGUCCUAUGGCAUGUACGUACGACAACAUACCUAAUGGUGAUGUACAGGAUUGAUGCAGGGAUGGCCAGAGGAGCUGGAGUGAUGAGGGGGUGGCGAGGGG